UCUAUCCUGUUCUGUUGUCUCUUUUCAGGACGACCCAGAUGUGAUCUGUAGCGCUCUUGGCCUAUGUGUAACCCAGCAGGAGGUUUUUGCCAAAGCCCAGCUCAUGUCAAAUGAGAUUCCUGAGUUGGAUCUGACCCAGAGGAUCAAUCCUUUACUCCUCAACAUCCCUCAGCUCCUUUACCCCAAGGAGAAUGCCAAUAAGGAGAAGGAGACCACCGCCUAGGAGGGUAACGAAGUGUGUGACGACUGCAUAAAGUUUAUCACCGACACUCAAACGGCGGCAAAGAAAAACACCACCUUCAUCGACGCCAUGAUUGCACAGAUUGAGAGCCAGUGUGACCUGCUGGGUCCUGGUAUUGCUGAUAUUGUGUAUGGAUAUGUUUGUCGUAUUAAUCGAGUAGACGUUGAUCCCACAGAUGUGCUGGUGGACCAGUGGCCGGAUUUCCGUGUGCUGCUUGUUAAACCGAGUCAGCAGCAGUUGUCCUGUUCCUUUUAUAUACAGGAUCCAGACUUGAUAAAACAUGUGUGCAUUUUUACCAAGGACAAAUCAUGUCUCAUGAACAUACUAACCAGGACAGACGUUCUUGACUGGAAGCAGGAGAUGAUUUUAAGUGUUGACCUGCAGCAUGAGGAAAUGAUAAAGGCUGUAGCAGCGAACAAAAGUGUACCAAUUAACAAAACAUUUGUUGGACACUUGAUGAGAUUGCAGGAUCCAUCUAAGCUUAAAGCGGAAAGGUUAUCCUUUCAAGUGUCAUCAGUUAAGGAGUCUCACGCUGCCUUGAUUAACAGCAAAUGGGACUGGGGCACGGGUGAACGCACUGAGACCCUGAUCAGGAACAUGAUCAGGAACUUCCCUUCUUAUUGUGUACUGGAUUCAGAGGGUCGGCCGGUGUCGUGGGUCUUGAGUUACCCUUCAUGUGUGAUGGGACCAAUUUACACACUGCCCGAGCACAGACAGAAAGGCUACGCCAAAGCCCUGGUCACCAUAUUGGCAAAGAAACUACAUUCAGACGGCUACCCGGUCUACUGCUUCAUUAAGUUGGAGAACCAACCAUCGUACAAGCUCUUUACCAGUUUAGGCUUCACCAGGGAUCUGUCUUAUAGGAAUGCUUGGCUUUAUUUUAAUCAGGCAUCUAUGACUCCAUAAUUACUUAUAAGAAAAAGAACAUUCCUGUCAUGAUUGUACAAUUGAAGGUGGCGUUCAGCACACGUUCAUCCAGGCUUUCCAGUUUCCCUUUAUCAUUUUAAUAUUUAUCUCAAUGUAGUCUUACUGGUGUGGUUUUUCUUUUUGUUUAUUUACAUAUUGUUGUUUAAAAAAAUAUACAUGUAUAUUGCUAUUUUCUGGUAACAUUUUAGAUUAUUCUGUUUAAAUGCUAUUAAAGUAAAACUUUUUGUUGUUCUUGCAUUACAACAAUAAAACCAUGAGAAAUUUA